AUUGCUUGAACUAAGUUCAGUAUCAACGCAUGGGAGUGAAACUUAAAGUCAAACUCAAGAUGAGUCUAGCCUGAACAUUUUGUGCGAUGUGUGUUCAUAAAUCUGCAAACUUUUGCUUUAAAUAUCCACAUCAAUGGGCAAGAACCCCAUUUUGUCCAAUGCAAAUUCCUCGAAUAGUGAGAAUUUGGAUUCAGUGGCUUGCAGAGGUGAUCAGACCUCUGUUAGGCCUAGACACGCACUGGAAACCUUAUCCAAACUUGCUCAAUUGAUCACUGGAUUUGAGCACAGAGCAAAACCCUUCAAGAGCUCUUCCUUCAUCUGCAAAGACUGCAGCCAGACGUUCUCUGACCUGAGCGGCCUUGUAUGUCACCAAAAAAGAGAUCACGCACUCCAAAAGCUCCAUCGCUGUCAGCACUGUGGACAAAAGUUUGCUUUGCUCUCUAGUUUGCAGUUACACAAAUGCCCUAGCGCUUCCUCCAUGUGCCAGGAGUGCAGAGGGAAACCUCAGUGGGAUUCCCCAUGCCCAACCUGUGGGACAGAGCCUUCAGGUCCACAUGGCAAUGAAAAGCAAGACUUUUAUCGUGAUAAAAGUCCCUAUGUGUGCACCCUAUGUGGCCUGGCAUUCGGCCACAAACAGGAGUUGCUGUACCACCAGCAGGCCGGAGGGUGUCAGCCCACCCCCCUCAGCCCGAAAGCCCUCACUAUUUCUCCUCCAGAUGCACCUUCCCACGCCUCCUCGCCUCCAUCACCAGCCUGCACCAGCUCGUCUCUCUCCGCAUGCACUUUGUGUCCCAGAACAUUUAAAUCUCCUGCAGGUCUUUCUAACCACCUGCGCAAUUUCCAUUCACCGAAAAAGUUGAAGAAAAAGAAGAAAGAUCUCACCUCAGAUACAACGUUUCCAUGCCGUACCUGUGACAAGGACUUCCCCCAAACGUCACUGCUGUACCUCCACAGGAAAGAGGAAAACCAGCGGGAGACCAUGGUGAGGAAACCACAGAGGAACGAUGUGAAGGCCACCAGGGGAAGGCAUAAAAGUGAUACGUAUCUAUGCCACCAUUGCGGAAAAGUCUUCCUGCACCAUUUGACGCUCUUGGAGCAUUUCCAGCAUUACAGGACUCACCAUCAGGCCCACCUCGCUCUCAGUGCCAAAUUGAUUAAAGCUUCCAGAGCUGGCAAACGUGGCAUCUCAAAUGCAGCUAAAGGUUGCAAACCUUCCAAGGAGUCCAAAUUCCUCAAAGAAGGUAAAUGUCGAGGAAGAGGCAGACCAAGGACAAAAAGUCAGCCAGUUUUGAAGGAUAGCAAGGAGGAGGUAACUGAUAAUGAUGAAGAUGACAGGUACCCUUGUGCAUCAUGUGAAGAGGUUUUUAGAACCCAAGCUGCUCUUAAAGCCCAUGAGAGCAUUCAUCCAGAAGUCGACACAUGUAAGCGCUGUAGUGUGUGUACAUGUGGGAUACCUCUCUCUCAAAUUCCAGAAGAAAAGAAUGUCUAUCACUGUGUGCCUUGUGCGGAGGCUUUUAUAGCUCUGGACACUUUUCUAGAGCACUGCCAGAAACAUCUAUGUGACAAAGAAUACGAUGAAGAUUAACUCAGUGAUGAGUAAGAGAUUGUCCUCCUUUUUAGGGCAUGAAAAUCCGACUGUACAGGUGCUUGAAAAUUUUUCAGAGUAUCAGGAACUUAAGAUUUCUCAGGCAUAUUUUGCUUUGUAUGAAUUGGCUAAACAUUAUAUACAUUAAAUAAUUUGCACCCAAGCCAAACUACCAUAGAAAAUAGUAGAGGCCUUUGAUAAUAAUGACUGAAAAUUCUGACUGUGCUUUUAUUUUGAUACAGGUACUUUAGAGGGAAAACCACUUCAGCUGAACACAUAAUUUGGAUGAAUGUUUUUACAAAAGCAAAUAUUAAACAGUGAAACUGUGAUUUUUAUUUUGUAUUAUUUAUUUUUGGACAAUGCCUUCCUGAAACAUGAUACCAGAAAAAUGUAAUGUGCUUGUUGCUGUCUGUCAAGUUGGGGGAUAUAAUAUCUGUGGAUCUGCAAGAUUUGGCAGCUGAAAUAUUUCAAAUGUGUCAUCAUUUACUAACUUUUGUGUUGUUCUAAACCUGUAUGACUUUCUUCCUUGAAACACUUAAGGAGGUAUGUGGCACUAUGUGUCUCAGUCACCAUUUAUUUUAAUUGCAUAGUUUUUUUUCCAUACAAUGAAAGCAAAUGGUGACUAAAGGCCUGGGUAUACUUACUUUUUCCGCAUUUGAAACCAACCCGGUCGACCGCGUUGCCCUUCAAAGUAUAUAGAAUGCAAAUGCGUUUGAUGCAUGCGCAGUAUGACUGCUUUGUGAUAUUCUUUUAGUACAAUAAACGGCAGGAACGUGCGCCGACACUGUGCGCGUUCCGAUUAGCAACGCGGACAACCAAAGGAUACUUUUAUACUUUGAAAAUCUGUCAAAAGUAUAACAUGUUAAAGGAAUAAUUCACCCCAAAAUGAAAAUUCUCUCACUAUUCACUUACCCUGAUGCCAUCCCAGAUGUGUAUGACUGUCUUUCUUCAGCAGAACACAAAUUAAGAUUUUUAGAAAAAUGUUGAAGCACUGUAGGUCCUUAUAAUGUAAGUAAACGGGUGCCAUCAGGCUGCUGGCUUUUUGACGGACCAAAAGGCAGAUUUAGGCAGCAUAAAAGUAAUCCACACGACUCCAGUCGAUCAAUUAAUGUCUUCUGAAGUAAAUCGAUAGGUUUGUGUAAAAAUAAAUUGAUAAUUAAAACUUAAUUAACUUGAAAAAAUUGCUUCCUGCCAGCAGUCACCGCAUCAGUCACGUGAGAAGUCGGAAGCACGCGCUUUCUACACAACAGAGGAAAGAAUGUCACGCAAGAGUUAGUUCAUUUCAAACAGAAAUACAGCACUGGGCAGAAGCAACAAUUUAAAGUUAAAAUGUUUUUAUUAUCAGUUUGUUUCUUACACCAACCUAUCGAUUUGCUUCAGAAGACGUUAAUUGAUUGACUGGAGUCGUGUGGAUUACUUUUAUGCUGCCUUUUGGACCGUCAAAUAGCCAGCAGCCUGAUAUAUAUACAGAGCUGAAAUAUUUUUCUAAAAAUCUUCAUUUGUGUUCUGCUGAAGAGAGAAAGUCAUACACAUCUGGGAUGGCAUCAGGGUAAGUGAAUAAUGAGAGAAUUUUCAUUUUUGGGUGAACUAUCCCUUUAAGUUCUAGAGGUAUUAGCCUAUAAUGACAUGUGUGAUUUUAUUGUAUGCUAUUAGACCAAAUAUUAUGCAAAUAAGAUUUAGUGUCUUCUUAAUUUUUUUGCAGUUUAGCGAAAAUCAAAAAUGAUUUGUGCACAUCAUAAUGACCCUUGACAGUAGCGGAUUUAGGCAUGGGCGACGUGCAGUUGCCCAGAGCGGCAUCUUGUGGGGGGGUGGCACAAGGCACCCACACAGACACUACACUCAAGGUGUUGGUCUGGCAGCUGGUGGGGAGCAUGGAGUUGUUGCGACUUUGGGCCAGUCGCACUCCUCCACGCUACCCACCAGCUCCCAGGAGUCACCCUGAAGCCCAAAUAGGCCUACCUGCUGCAUAUUUUACAUCUUUAAUACUUUAUCUACUUCCAAUAAAAACAAAUAUUGGAUCUA